AUCGGAGAUAAUAUCUCAGGAGGUGGGUGCACAUGGGGCUCGAUAUUGUGAUAUCCUAUUUCGGGGUGCGCCGGCUACCGCUACCGUGUUGGAUAUCCUGGUCCGUCGAAUGCUGGUCAGCAGCACCAUCAAACAUCAUCGGACGGCAGUUCGUUCGUCUUCGCCCAUGGAGAGAGACUCUUCUGUGGGUCGCAUCCCCAGCGACAAGGAAACCCUCAAAGGUGGUUCGAUUAAUAACGAGGUCCAUCUUUUCGUCAGCUUACCUUGCCCAUCCCCUGGAGCAUUUGCCUAUUUACCACGCAGAGAAAGAGAGAACUUUUGAAAGCUUUCCCGAUCCAGUCCGCCAUGUGCAGGUCGCCGAUGCGUGCGACAUGACACGACACGACAGACAGGGCCAAAGUGCCGUGCCUGGGUGGGUGGGGGAUUACGCAGUAUUACAACGCUUC